GGGGGCGUGAGGAGGCGGCCGAUCCAUGGUGCUCAUCACUGACGUUCUCCCUCCCGCUCCCUUCCGCUCCGAAGUCAAUAAAAGUAUGUUUUUUAAAAAGAGAAAAGAAAUGCGGCUCCUGAAAAGCAAAGCCACUGCCAAGCGAAGGCGCAGAGGGUCCUGGCCCGGAGCCGCCCGCGGGUGGCGCUGGGUCUGCCCUGUCCCCCAGGAGGGACCCGCACACACCCCGCCCCCCGCAGCGGGCGCGCAGCCGCGGCCUCGCUCGCGCACCGUCCAAGCCGCCCCGCCGGCCGCCAGGGGGCAGCAGCGGCCGCGCGGGUCCCGGAGGGUCGCUUCCGCCCGCCCGCUCCCAAGAUGGCGGCGGCGCGGCUUCAGCUCGGCCAGGCGGGAGCGGGGCGGGGCGGGUAGAGCGGCGGGAGGGAUGCUGCGAGCGGCGCUGUGCCGCGUGUCGUCGCUGGUGAGCCGCGCGCGGCCCGGGGGGCCCGGCUUGAGGCGACUGUGGGGGUGCGGGGCCCGCCCCGAGGCCGCGGGGAAGAGGCGGCCCUGGCGCUGCGGCUGGCGGCGCUGGAGCUCCGAGCCUGGGCCCAGCGCGGCGCACUACCAGCUCGUCUACACCUGCAAGGUAUGUGGGACCCGGUCCUCCAAGCGAAUCUCCAAGCUGGCGUAUCACCAGGGAGUGGUCAUUGUGACCUGCCCUGGCUGCCAGAACCACCACAUCAUCGCGGACAACCUGGGCUGGUUCUCCGACUUGGAUGGGAAGAGUGGCCCUGACAUCUCACAAAAACUGCCAAGUUAGAGAACUGGAAGGAGAGAGUGCGGAAGAGCUGAGAACAGAGGCUCAGAAGGUCUAGACGUAAAGAUAAAAAAGGCAGACACAGAAGGCUGACGUAACGCUCACAACGGCCGGACAAGUGGCUGGCGGGCUCGGAACAGGAGCCACAGAGCAUCGCCCACCCCUGAGCAGGUCAUCUCCAGGGAACACGGGGCAGUUUUGAACCCAAGGCCUGGGAACGGGCUGCGGGGCUGCUCCCUCCCCCUGCCCUUUCCUCCAGCCUCCUGGGCCGGCACAUCAUUUCCCAAAGUCUUUGAUAACUUACAGGCCUUGGAGCCUUGCUGGGUUAAAUAAUAAACAUCUAAAUAUUUCGAAGUAACAGGAUUCUGCAACAUUAAUUAAUUUGAGUUUGCCUCUUAGGGAAAAUAUAGAGGAUGGAUUUGAAUCUAUUAAUGAAUAAGUCUUGUAUUUUACUUGAAAUAUCUCUUAAAAUGUGAAUGUAUUGCUAAUCUGAGGAAUGUUAAUUACAUGCCACCUAAACAUCAAGGCUUCUAAGGUUAAAAAAUUCAAAAAUUAUGAGAAGGAAUUAUGGUUUCGGUAUAACAGAGAAAGCAUGAGCCGUGAAAAUGCAUUUUGAAGAAGAAAGAAUGUGGUUGCUAAAGCUGGUUAUUUCUGAAAGUUAUAAGGUUUCUAAAGAAAAAUUUGUAAAAGAUACAGAAUGUUUGUAAAGAAAAAUGUUGAGAAGAAAAUUGAAUAAAUGACACAGGCCAGUAAGCCAGGAUGAGUAGGAUAGGGAAAUUGAAAUAGUUAAACAGCAAUUUGGGGCCAGCUGGUAAACCGUCUUCCCUAAGCCAAGGGCACCUAGAGCGAAUGAUUUGCAUGUUGCCUCCCUAACCAGAGGGAAAUGGCUUAUGUCAACGUACUCAGGGAGACUGAAGAGAAAGCCAGUGAGUGAGGUUGCUGACCGCACCCAAGAACAAAUGAAAUUAGAAAAUAAACCUUACUUUGGUUAGUCUUUUCCUAAAGCAAAAGUCCUACAAACUAUUAUGUGUUAUAUUAACCAGGUACUAAAAAGAAACUUAGUUACAGGAGCUGAAGCUUUAGUAGCAUAUGUUUGUGUUUUAUACCCUCUUGUCACUUUGCUACAUAAUCUUUUGGUAGAAUGGGUUUGACAACCUUCCUAGGGUUUACGUUUUAAGAAAAGUUUUCUGUUUGUGGUGUGGUGUUUUUUUUUUCUUCAUUUUAAACAAGAAGUUUAUUUAAACAACAAGACACUUGACUUGAAGGGAAAACUAUCUAGGAUUCAUUUUUUUAGAGUACUUUAAUCCCUACUUAAAGACAGACUGCCCUCCCUGUAACAGCUGCGUACAACAGAGUUAUAAAAUUGUCCUUGGUUUUACAAUGGUAAAAAAUGAAAAACAUUAAAAUUCUCCAAUCAAACAAGGUAUGCAAGAAUUUUUAUGUUGUUCUUUUUUUUGUUAAACAGUGAGAGCAAAAUAACUGCCCUGGCCGGUCUGGCUCAGUGGAUAGAGCAUUGGCCUGUGGACUGAAGGGUCUUGGGUUCGAU